ACUGUACACUCUACUAAUUCUCAGAAUUUAAUUGAACAAAUUACGAGAAAUAAGAUUUUCAACUCUAUUUAUUAUAAGGAAGAAUGCUUUGGUUUGAAUGCUGCUACAGUAAUUGAUAAAGCAGAAAAUUUGGAUUCUAUUGGAGGAACUUUUGGAGGGUUGAGAAAACCAACAAAUUUUCUCUCUCUUUUAAUGAAAAUGUUACAAAUUGAAGUGGAUUUGGAGUCGACUGUUGCAUAUAUUCAUAAUGGAGAGUUUAAAUACUUGACAGCUUUGGGAGCUCUCUAUUUGAGAUUGGUUGGAAAUGCUGUAGAUGUUUAUGAGCAAUUGGAACCGCUAUAUUCAGAUUAUAGAAAGUUGAGAUUAAGACUCAUUGAUGGUUCUUGUAAAAUUUUGCAUAUGGAUGAAUUUAUUGAAAUGUUACUUACGAGUGAUUCAUUUUGUGAUGUUAAAUUGCCAUUCCUGCUGAGUAGAAAGGUAUUGGAAAAGAAUGGUAAAUUGGGUCCAUAUGUUUCUGCACUUGAA